AUGCCGUCCCAAAUGAAAUAUGCACAGAAUAAAAACAUAAAAAGAAAAACCACAGAGGGGCACAUCGAAGAGCUCAUCAACUUUCAACUUCAACCCGUUCACAAUAUUCAGUUGUCGACGCCAUUGGGAGCCUGGAGUCCUCGUCCUGCUCCUGCGCUGCGGUCCCGCUUGACGACAUUUCGUGUCGCCCACUCCUACUAUCAAGACGACGUGGGCGGGGAGACACCUGCUGUACCACGUGGUGGGCGGGGAUAUAAAGCAGCGCGUGCGCAGCCCCGCCCCGAUGAAUGGCGGCUAUCCGUCUCUGUAUCAGUUAUGCUCACUGGCUGUUUUAGGGUCCAGCGGCUGCUGCUCCGGGGUGUCGGUGGGAGUCCCCGUUUCCUUUACAGCGGCCUGGUGACGCCGGCAGCAGCACCACUACCAUCACAGCCUCCGCCGAGUCGCGUUUCUCCCUGCGCGUACCUGCACGAUGGGCCGGCUAAUCGCGGGCGGAGAGUCUUGGCGAGCGUGGACCCCGGCGUUGAAGAACACUUCGUGUUUUUGGAGUUCGCUGCCCCCGUGGAGGACGGGAGACGGCAGGGCUGGCAGGCCGUGGCGAAGGUGGAACCUUCAGGGGAAGAGCUGCGACUACCGGGAGCGCACCAUGCCAGGUCUCGGCGGGUCGCUACUGACGAGAGCCGUCGCCGUGGAGCCCAUGAGGCGCAAACCGGCACGGGGUCGGACGCCGACUUUGUGGAUGUUAAGUUUCAGCUGCCCGCUAAGAAGUCGCCGCGGAAACAGACGAAGGGUAAACGGGAGCACGAAGCUUGCGGCGGCGUUGGCGCGGACGAGAGCGUCCCGGUGAGUGACCGCCGUUGCUCGGGCUGCGGGGCGGUGCUGCACUGCACGGACCCCGGGAUCCCCGGACACUUGCCCCGCGAGAAGUACGCGCGGCUGCUGAGCGAGGACACGCUGGACCGGGCCGUGUGCCAGCGCUGCCACCUGCUCGUGCACCACAACCGGGCCCUGCAAGCCGAGGUGUCCGCCGACGACUUCAGGCGCAUCGCGGCCACCAUUCGGCCCCGGCCAGCCCUCGUCCUGCACAUCGUCGAUCUGCUCGACCUACCCGGCUCCAUCGUCCCCGACCUGACGGAUCUCGUGGGCCGCAACAAGCACAUCUUUGUCCUGGGGAAUAAAGUGGACCUGCUGCCCGGCGAUGCGACCGGCUACCUUAAACGCCUGCGGCGGCAGCUGGAGCGCUACUGCGCCGAGUGCGGGCUGAGUGCGGACGCCGGGCUGAAGGGCGUGCAUCUGAUCAGCGCCAAGACGGGCUACGGGGUCGAGCCGCUCAUCUCCAGCAUCCAGAGCUCGUGGAAGUACCGCGGGGACGCCUACCUGCUGGGCUUCACCAACGCCGGCAAGUCGACGCUCUUCAACGCCCUGCUGGAGUCCGACUACUGCAAGUCCAAGGCCUCGGACGUGAUCGGGAGGGCGACCAUCUCCCCGUGGCCAGGGACCACCCUGAACCUUCUGAAGUCCCCCAUCAUAAACCCAACUCCGUACCGAAUGUUCAGAAGAGCCGAGAGGCUGGGGAGGGAGGCGCGCCUUGUGGAGGAGGACUUCGAUGAUGAUGAUGAUGAAGAGCAAAGGAAACGUCUGAAGCAGCUAAAGAACAAAGGGUACCUGGUGGGUAAAAUUGGCAGAACAUUCCGGGCGGAUUCUUCAGGGCGCCAGCUGGUGGACAUCGACUUCAACCCCGAUGAGCUGUGUGUCGAUUUUGAACAAGGGGGCCUCGACGCAGAAGAGGAGCCGUCAGAGAAGGUGGGCUUCACGCACAAUGAGCUGAAGGAUGCCCACUGGCUCUACGACACCCCUGGGAUCGUGAAAGACCACUGUGUGAGUCGACCAAUCGGAUUGCUUGUUCUGGUGGUUGGAUUGUCUUGGACUGGCAGUGAAUGGGCACCCAUCGUCCUGCUGUGGUGUGUCC